AUGUAUCUGACCUCCCUUCCCUUUCUCUCUCUCUCUCACUCUCUCUAUCUAUCGAUCUAUCUUCCCUCUCUCUCUCGCUCUUUCUCUCUCUCUUUCUUUCUCUCUCUCUCUCUGUCUCUCUCUCUCUCUCACGCACACUUUUGGAUCCUCUCCCGCCUUUUGUCUCAAUUUUCCCGCCUUUUCUUUUUUUUAUUAAUUUCUUUCAAGUCUUUCUUUCUUUCUUUAUCUCGUGUUUUUCUUUCUUUAUUUCUUUCUUUUUUUUCCUCCAGUUUUCUUUUUUCUUUCUUUAUCUCGAGUCUUUCUUUAUUUAUUUAUUUAUUUCUUUCUUCACCGCGAGUCUUUCUUUCUUUCUUUUUUCUCCAGUUUUCUUUCUUUCUUUCUCUUGAGUCUUUCUUUCUUUCUUUCUUUCUUUCUUUCUUUCUUUCUUUCUUUCUUUCUUUCUUUCUUUCUCUCGAGUCAUUCUUUCUUUCUUUCUUCACUCCAUUCUUUCUUUCUUUGUUUAUUUUGAGUCUUUCUUUCUUUCUUUCUUUCUUUCUUUCUUUUUUUCUUUUCUUUCUUUCUUUCUUUCUUUGUUUUUUUCUCCAGUUUUCUUUCUUUCUUUCUUUCUUUCUUUGUUUUGAUUUAUCCACCAUUCUAAUUAAUCUUUCUCUCUCUCUCUCUCUCUCUCUCUCUCUCUCUCUCUCUCUCUCUCUCUCAAAAGAGGCGUAUUCCCCCGUUAGAAAACCUUGA